CUCUGCUUGAGAAUAACACCUUCUAGGCCUAUCCCAGAGAGAGAGAGAGAGAGAGAAAGGGAUCGUGACAGUCUGAGGGGGCAAAAAAGAAGAAAGAAAACAGAUUGAAAGAAAAGGGACUGAACUCAUCAUAAGAAACGAAGAUGAAAUUGCAACUAGUCUGCAUAAUCUUCAUACUUCUCAGUGCUGCCACCAGAAACGUUUGCGCUGUCAAACUUCAGACAGAGGUUGAGAAAGAUCUUACCAGCCUGGAUACGUAUAAGGCAGAACCCAUGACAAAUAUCUUUGGCUUGCAGACGUUGCUACGGAGAUCCAAGCGCUUCAACAGCCACUUCCCCAUCUGCACCUACUGUUGCAACUGCUGUCGCAACAAGGGGUGUGGCAUGUGCUGUCGGACAUGAAGGAAGAGGGCCUUGAUGGAUGACCACAGUGCUGCUGGGCCCCUCCCUGACUUAGCACCACGCACACACCAGGCCCCCCACUUUGGCCCAUACUACCCCCAAUACAUUCUCCUUAUUUAUUAGCUUGGCACUAUUUUGUUUUUUGUUUGCUUUGUAUGUUCUUGUUUGUUCUUGUUGGGAAUUAAAGCAUUUUUACCUCACAA